AUAUAUAUAUAUUUUAUGGUAACUUUCCCUCAAGAUAAAUGUAUAUGGGUGAAAUUGAAGACGCUUCGUUUAAGUGAGAUUACUGGUGUACUGGAUGUUUAAUUCAGCACCGGCAUUGCAUGACAGCUGUUGGAAAAACAAGUGGUUUAUUGUUAAAACCACAUCUUUUAAAAUUUAGGUUCAAAUAGUUGUAGUAAAAAUUGUAAUAGCAAUUUAAAAGAGAGCCAGCAGAAACCGAAGCAAACAUGUCCGGAGAAGUGCGUUUGAGGCAGUUGGAGCAGUUUAUUUUGGAUGGGCCGGCUCAGACCCAUGGGCAGUGCUUCAGUGUGGAGACCUUACUGGAUAUACUCAUCUGCCUUUAUGAUGAGUGCAAUAAUUCUCCAUUAAGAAGAGAGAAGAACAUUCUUGAAUACCUAGAAUGGGCUAAACCAUUUACUUCUAAAGUGAAACAAAUGCGAUUGCAUAGAGAAGACUUUGAAAUAUUAAAGGUGAUUGGUCGAGGAGCUUUUGGGGAGGUUGCUGUAGUAAAACUAAAAAAUGCAGAUAAGGUAUUUGCCAUGAAAAUUUUGAAUAAGUGGGAAAUGCUGAAAAGAGCUGAGACAGCAUGUUUUCGUGAAGAAAGGGAUGUAUUAGUAAAUGGAGAUAGUAAGUGGAUUACAACUUUGCACUAUGCUUUCCAGGAUGACAAUAACUUAUACCUGGUUAUGGAUUAUUAUGUUGGUGGGGAUUUACUUACUCUGCUCAGCAAAUUUGAAGAUAGAUUGCCGGAAGAUAUGGCUCGAUUUUACUUGGCUGAGAUGGUGAUAGCAAUUGACUCAGUUCAUCAACUACAUUACGUACACAGAGACAUUAAACCUGACAAUAUAUUGAUGGAUAUGAAUGGACAUAUUCGGUUAGCAGAUUUUGGAUCUUGUCUGAAGCUGAUGGAAGAUGGAACGGUCCAGUCCUCAGUGGCAGUUGGAACGCCAGAUUAUAUUUCUCCUGAAAUCCUUCAAGCCAUGGAAGAUGGAAAAGGCAGAUAUGGACCUGAGUGUGACUGGUGGUCUUUGGGGGUCUGUAUGUAUGAAAUGCUUUAUGGAGAAACACCAUUCUAUGCAGAAUCUCUGGUGGAGACAUAUGGAAAAAUCAUGAACCACAAAGAGAGGUUUCAAUUUCCAGCCCAAGUGACCGAUGUCUCUGAAAAUGCUAAGGAUCUUAUUCGAAGACUCAUUUGCAGCAGAGAACAUCGACUUGGUCAAAAUGGAAUAGAAGACUUCAAGAAACACCCAUUUUUUAGUGGCAUUGAUUGGGAUAAUAUUAGAAACUGUGAAGCACCUUAUAUUCCAGAAGUUAGUAGCCCAACAGAUACAUCAAAUUUUGAUGUGGAUGAUGAUUGUUUAAAAAAUUCUGAAACAAUGCCCCCACCAACACAUACUGCAUUUUCUGGCCAUCAUCUGCCAUUUGUUGGUUUUACAUAUACUAGUAGCUGUGUUCUUUCUGAUCGAAGCUGUUUAAGAGUUACAGCUGGUCCCACCUCAAUAGAUCUUGAUGUUAAUGUUCAGAGAACUCUAGAUAACAACUUAGCAACUGAAGCUUACGAAAGAAGAAUUAAGCGCCUUGAACAAGAAAAACUUGAACUUAGUAGAAAGCUUCAAGAAUCAACACAGACUGUCCAAGCUCUACAGCAUUCAACUGUUGAUGGUCCACUAACAGCAAGCAAAGAUUUAGAAAUAAAAAACUUAAAAGAAGAAAUUGAAAAACUAAGGAAGCAAGUAGCAGAAUCAAGUCAUUUGGAACAGCAACUUGAAGAAGCCACUUCUGUGAGACGAGAAUUAGAGGAUGCUUUUAGACAAGUCAAGGCUUAUGAAAAACAAAUCAAAACUUUACAACAAGAAAGGGAAGAACUAAAUAAGGAACUAGUCCAGGCUAGUGAGCGAUUAAAAAACCAAUCCAAAGAGCUGAAAGACGCACACUGUCAGAGGAAACUGGCCAUGCAGGAAUUCAUGGAGAUCAAUGAGCGACUAACAGAAUUGCACACCCAAAAACAGAAACUUGCUCGCCAUGUCCGAGAUAAGGAAGAAGAGGUGGACCUGGUGAUGCAAAAAGUUGAAAGCUUAAGGCAAGAACUGCGCAGAACAGAAAGAGCCAAAAAAGAGUUGGAAGUUCAUACUGAAGCUCUAGUCGCUGAAGCAUCUAAAGACAGGAAACUGCGUGAGCAGAGCGAGUAUUAUUCUAAGCAACUGGAAAAUGAAUUGGAAGGACUGAAGCAAAAACAAAUUAGUUAUUCACCAGGAGUAUGCAGCAUAGAACACCAGCAAGAGAUAACCAAACUGAAGACUGAUUUGGAAAAGAAAAGUAUCUUUUAUGAAGAAGAAUUAUCUAAAAGAGAGGGAAUACAUGCAAGUGAGAUUAAAAAUCUGAAGAAAGAACUACAUGAUUCAGAAGGCCAGCACCUGGCUCUCAACAAAGAAAUUAUGGUUUUAAAAGAUAAAUUGGAAAAAACCAGGAGAGAAAGUCAAAGUGAAAGAGAAGAAUUUGAAAAUGAGUUCAAACAGCAAUAUGAGCGAGAAAAAGUGUUAUUAACUGAAGAAAAUAAAAAAUUGACAAGUGAACUUGAUAAGCUUACCACUUUGUAUGAAAACUUAAGUAUGCACAACCAGCAGUUAGAAGAAGAGGUAAAGGAUAUAGCUGAUAAGAAAGAAUCUGUUGCACAUUGGGAAGCCCAAAUCACAGAAAUAAUUCAGUGGGUCAGUGAUGAAAAGGAUGCACGAGGGUAUCUUCAGGCCUUAGCUUCUAAAAUGACUGAAGAAUUGGAAGCAUUGAGAAAUUCCAGCUUGGGUACACGAGCAACAGAUAUGCCAUGGAAAAUGCGUCGCUUUGCAAAACUGGACAUGUCAGCUAGACUAGAGUUGCAGUCGGCUCUGGAUGCAGAAAUAAGAGCCAAACAGGCCAUCCAAGAAGAGCUGAAUAAAGUUAAAGCAUCUAAUAUCAUAACGGAAUGUAAACUAAAAGAUUCUGAGAAGAAGAAUUUGGAACUACUAGCAGAAAUUGAACAAUUGCUAAAGGACACUGAAGAGCUAAGAUCUGAAAAGGGUAUAGAGCACCAAGACUCACAGCAUUCUUUCUUGGCAUUUUUGAAUACGCCUACCGAUGCUCUGGAUCAAUUUGAAGAUUCCUUUUCUUCUUCCUCAUCCUCACUGAUUGAUUUUUUGGAUGACCGCUCUCCAUCCUGUACUCCAGCUAGCAAAGGCAGACGUACUGAUCCUGUUGGGAACACUUAUGUUUGGAACACGAGCAUCAAGUUUUACAGCCAGUCAAGGUCCACAUCUCCUUCCACUUCUAGUGAAGCUGAGCCAGUUAAGAUUGCAGACUGUGCUCCACUUCCCGUUCACACACCGACCUUAAGGAAAAAGGGAUGCCCUGGCUCAUCUGGCCUUGCACCUAAGCGCAAGACUCAUCAGUUUUUUGUAAAAUCUUUCACUUCACCCACCAAAUGUCAUCAGUGUACCUCUUUGAUGGUGGGUUUGAUAAGACAAGGCUGUUCAUGUGAAGUGUGUGGAUUCUCAUGCCAUAUAACCUGUGUAAACAAAGCUCCAACUGCAUGUCCAGUUCCUUCUGAGCAGACAAAAGGUCCCCUGGGUAUAGACCCACAGAAAGGAAUAGGAACGGCGUAUGAAGGUCAUGUUAGAAUCCCUAAGCCAGCUGGAGUAAAGAAAGGAUGGCAGAGGGCCCUGGCUGUGGUUUGUGACUUCAAACUCUUUCUAUAUGAUAUUGCUGAAGGAAAAGCAUCUCAGCCCAGCGUUGUCAUUAGUCAAGUUAUUGACAUGAGAGAUGAAGAAUUUUCUGUGAGUUCUGUCUUGGCUUCUGAUGUUAUUCAUGCAAGUCGUAAAGAUAUACCUUGUAUAUUUAGAGUCACAGCUUCACAACUCUCAGUACCUAAUAAUAAAUGUUCAAUCCUGAUGCUGGCUGACAGUGAGAAGGAGAAGAGUAAGUGGGUAGGAGUGCUCGGUGAAUUGCACAAGAUCUUGAAGAAAAACAAAUUCAGAGACCGCUCAGUCUAUGUUCCCAAAGAAGCUUAUGACAGCGCUCUGCCCCUUAUUAAAACAACCCAGGCUGCUGCAAUCAUAGAUCAUGAAAGGAUCGCUUUGGGAAAUGAAGAGGGAUUAUUUGUUGUGCAUGUCACCAAAGAUGAAAUUAUUAGAGUUGGUGACAAUAAGAAGAUUCAUCAAAUUGAACUCGUUCCAAGUGAUCAGCUUGUUGCAGUGAUCUCAGGACGAAAUCGUCAUGUACGACUUUUUCCUAUGUCAGCUUUGGAUGGACGAGAGACAGAUUUUUACAAGUUGGCAGAAACUAAAGGGUGUCAAACUGUAACUUCUGGAAAAGUACGCCAUGGAGCUCUAACAUGCCUGUGUGUGGCAAUGAAAAGGCAGGUCCUCUGUUAUGAACUAUUUCAGAGCAAGAACCGUCACAGAAAAUUUAAGGAAAUUCAAGUCCCAUAUAAUGUCCAGUGGAUGGCAAUCUUCAGUGAACAACUCUGUGUGGGAUUCCAGUCAGGAUUUCUAAGAUACCCCUUGAAUGGAGAAGGAAGUCCAUGCAGUAUGCUCCAUUCAAAUGAUCACACACUGUCAUUUAUCACACAUCAACCAAUGGAUGCUAUCUGCGCAGUUGAGAUCUCCAGUAAAGAAUAUCUGCUGUGUUUUAACAGCAUUGGGAUAUACACUGACUGCCAGGGCCGAAGAUCUAGACAACAGGAAUUGAUGUGGCCAGCAAAUCCUUCCUCUUGUUGUUACAAUGCACCUUAUCUCUCAGUGUACAGUGAAAAUGCAGUUGAUAUCUUUGACGUGAACUCCAUGGAAUGGAUUCAGACUCUUCCUCUCAAAAAGGUUCGACCUUUAAACAGUGAUGGCUCAUUAAACCUAUUAGGGUUGGAGACCAUUAGAUUAAUAUAUUUCAAAAAUAAGAUGGCAGAAGGGGACGAACUGGUAGUUCCUGAAACAUCAGAUAAUAGUCGGAAACAAAUGGUUAGAAAUAUCAACAACAAGCGACGUUAUUCCUUCAGAGUCCCAGAGGAAGAAAGGAUGCAACAGAGGAGGGAGAUGCUACGAGAUCCAGAAAUGAGAAAUAAAUUAAUCUCUAACCCAACUAAUUUUAACCACAUAGCACACAUGGGUCCUGGAGAUGGAAUACAGAUCUUGAAAGACCUGCCCAUGCCAGGUUUUCCUUAUCCAUCCCCUCAUCAUCACUCCGGUUUGAUCUCCUCUCCGAUCAACUUUGAGCACAUCUAUCACAUGACUGUUAAUUCUGCUGAAAAAUUUCUCUCUCCUGAUUCCAUAAACCCUGAAUAUUCCCCAUCUCUACACUCUGUCCCUGGUACUCCAAGCUUUAUGACUCUGAGGAACCCUCGUCCUCAGGAAAGCCGGACAGUAUUCAGUGGCUCGGUCAGUAUUCCAUCCAUCACCAAGUCCCGCCCGGAGCCAGGCCGCUCCAUGAGUGCCAGCAGCGGCCUGUCAGCAAGGUCAUCCGCACAGAACGGCAGUGCGUUAAAGAGGGAGCUCUCUGGAGGAAGCUACAGUGCGAAGCGGCAGCCUAUGCCUUCCCCGUCAGAGGGCUCCCUGUCCUCCGGAGGCAUGGACCAAGGAAGUGAUGCCCCUGCCAGGGACUAUGACGGAGAGGACUCCGAUUCUCCAAGGCAUUCCACAGCAUCCAACAGCUCCAACCUGAGCAGCCCCCCAAGCCCAGUUUCACCCCGAAAGACCAAGAGCCUCUCUCUGGAGAGCACUGACCACGGUAGCUGGGACCCGUGAACCCAGGGCACUAAUGCCCAAGCCCCUCCACUGCCUCUCCCCGACUUCCAUCUCCUCCUCCACCUCGGCCGGCCAGAACCCAGCAGCAGCGGCAGGAUAGGGAGCGCGUUGCCUGGCAGCCGCGUGGCCCUGGCUGGCAGCAGUCGCACAGGCCACUUCCCCUGCUGGCUGAGGUCCACGGCGGUUCAUUCCUGCGUAGAGUUGCUUUCAGUAACAUUUACACCCCCGCCCCAAAAGUAGCUUCGGUAGUCAGACUACACGAGUAUAAUUGUACGAGUGAGACUAGACAGGUUUGUUUCACAGUAGCCCCUCACUGUACCCUCAGUGUAAGCAGGGACUCAACUGCAGAGGCCACCGUGCGCUGCUGCUGAUGUUGCUGGAAAUCCCCACUAAUCCUCACAAAUUAAAACAAUGCAUAUUUUACUACAGUACAGAGUUUAAAUAAAUACCUAAAUGUAGAAGUUAAAUACUGAAUGUAUAUAGUCAAAAGAAGCAUCUUGUAAUCAAUGAGAUGGAUGCAUAUAUGAGAGAGAGCGUUUAAUUUAAGAGAUGUGUUGUUUCUUGUCUGUUUCCCAGCUAAGUCACGUACAGGGUAGAAAGGCUUCAUGCUGACAUUGGUAGAGGGAGAGGGGGAAAGCAAGGUCCCUGUGAUGUCUGUCCUGCACCGGUGUCCGGUCUUGAUCAUCUGGGGCCCUUGGGGUGCAUCCAAGACACUGGCUUCAUUGAUCACAGCCUGGGCCACCAGCGUGGGAACAUUUGAAACCACCUAAGUGGCAGCUUCAAAGGCACACACACCUCUACCCGUUUCUUUUUCUAGUGAUAGAAUUCAAACUACACUUUUAUUGUAUUUUGGUAUCUUCUACAGCGAGUGUUGUGGCUUCUAAAAGUUCAUUGAAAAGGUUCAUUAAAGUGCUUUUUCUCCUAGGUUACAGCGAAGUGUCUGUCCCUGGGCUGGCGAUGGCUACUGGAGGAGAGCCUGUUUCCUUGAGGGUGGGUGUGGAAUUCCUCAGAUAGGCCUAGGGGAAGAGGCUUUAGUACCAAAUGAUAAGAAACUCAGAAGCAAGGACUUAAACAGCCUUAACCAAAUAUUCUUCCCCACAGCAGUGGGAAGUGGAUGGGAAGAUCCCCAGGCACAGGCGGGAAGGGACCCAGCAUGGCCAGUUUGACAGAUUGCCCUCUGGUUGCAGUAUUGCCUUGUUAGAUGUUUUUCCAUUUGGAUUCCUCCUGUUGUUUGCCAUCAGGAAGUGAGGUGCAGAACCAAAAGAACUUACUGCUACAGUCGUUUCACCAUUUAAGCACACGAGCAGAGAAAGAGAUAAAAAUACCUGAUGGAAGAGAAUCUGCCUCUUUUCACCCAAGUUUUGGGAGGAAAUAGGAGCAGACCUUUCUCCUCUUCUUAAAAAUCUGGCUUAAAUGAAGAAGAUCCUCCUGCAGUUGCUAACUGGUUUGCGGUGUCUGAGCCCUGCCUCAUCAUCGCCAGUCUCGCGCUUCUCGUCCUUUGCCUGAAAGUUCGUGGCAGGGCUUGGGCACCCCAAGUGCGUGCUACUUAUAGAGAAGGUCCCUGAGGUUCAGCAGUGGAGGGAGAGGGUCCUUUCGGGGUAUUAUACGCCCAGCACUUCUAGCCAUGAGCUUUAGCCACUUUGACACAACAUUCUGGAUUCGUUGCUGGCUCAGGUUUUAUAUUUUAUUCUGAAUGGUCAUAGUUCACAGUGUAGCUCUAAUCUACCAAAUCUUUUUGGUUUUGGAAAAGAAGUGUCAUACAAAAUACUUUU